UUUCCUCUCGACAUCAGAACGAUAACGGUCGCGUAAAAUCACGAAUUUAGCUAGACUUAUCCAUCAAUUCGUGCUAAAAUUUAGUUGGGGUGUGUACCCUGUCAGUGCUAUAUAUCAACAAAUGUAGAAAAUGCGUUUGUUUAAAAUAGAUUGCAUAAAUUAUGAUAAAAAACAGCGGUAAUUUUAAAAUAAACGUGUCCCCCAUAUCACAAACUGGAUCACAAAACAACUGCACCUGAGUAAACUCCUGAACUAAUGCAAAUUGAGUGAAUGGCCGUUUUGGCACUAUAUAAAGCCGGGUGGUGUUCUUCUAAACUCAUACAGUUCCAACAGCUUCAAGCAGUUUCAACAACAACUAAAAAAGAACUCAAAAAGUUCACAUAAAAACAAUCAAGAAAAACAUCAAAACCAGUACAAUGUUCAAAUGUUUAUUUGCUGUCGUCUUUGUGGUGGUGUUCAUCAACAACGCACAAUGCUACCCCCCCGCCGAAUCAUACCAACAAGUCAACCUCGGUGGUAAAACUUUGGGCUUAAGUCUCAGUCGAAAAAGUUUGGGCUUAGAGCUUGGUGGUGAGACAAGUAAACUCAUCCAAAUUGUACAACAGCCAAUUCUCAUCAAAGAAUCAGAACCACAAAUCGAUUACAUUGCAUACCCAAAAUACGGCUUCAAAUAUGGCGUUUCCGAUCCGAAGACCGGGGACAACAAAGAGCAACAGGAAGAACGUGAUGGCGACGUCGUUAAAGGAGAAUAUUCUCUGGUUGAACCCGAUGGCACAAAAAGAAUCGUAAAAUACACCGCUGAUAAAAAGAAUGGCUUCAACGCUGAAGUUAUUAGGGCUGGACACGCCAUUCAUCCACAAGUUGUAUCCGUUCAGAAAGUUAUUACUGUUCCCGUCAAAAGCUGGGGUGGUGAUAGUUAUUGAUUUUUUGGUAUAUUUGACUGAUCAUCAUAUCAUCUAAUGGCUGUUCUUCCUUCAUCAUCAUCGUUAUUUUAGACAUUACAUUUUAUUGUACUUAACCUACAAAAUGAUCCAACAUGUGGUCUUUUAUCAAAUAAAUUGAUUUAUGCAUUCA